AUACUUUAUAUAGUUUAAGCUACGGUGAUGGGUAUGUAUAUGGUAGCGCAGACCCUCCACUAGGGGCACCUCAAAAGGGGAAAGUAUCGAGAAUUGAUACUGAACCAGCACUAAGUCAAACAGUUCGUAACUCAAUUGACUUACAACUAAUAUGUCAACGCAAUCAGGAAUUACUGCCUCGGCAGAGUUAUUGGAAGCCUUCAAAUCAUUACAGUCUUCUGCUAAUCCAACCCCUUUAGUAGUAAAGAUUUCAAGUGAUAAUACUCAAUUAAUCCCUGAUUCAAAUUAUUCAUUAUCAACAUCUACAACUUUGGCAGAACGUUUCCAAAGUUUAAAUGAUCAUAUUAGUAAAGAAUUUCCUCAACCAAGUUAUAUUGUAGUACCUAAUAUCGAUACUAAUUUUAUAUUUAUAAGUUUUAUCCCUGAUACUGCCCCAAUUAGACAAAAGAUGCUUUAUGCUUCAACUAAGAAUACAUUAAUUAAUGCACUUGGAUCAAAUAAUUUCGGUAAAACAAAUACAUUUUCAUGGACUGAAUUAGAAGAAUUAAGUUAUGAACAUUAUCAAAGUUCAAUUGCUUCUCAAUUUACUAGUAAAGAAUCUUUAUUAAGUGAAGAUGAAAAAAUCUUAAAUCAAAUAAAUUCUUUACAAGAUUUAUCAUUAAAUAUUCAAGCUAAACCAUUAGCUUCAAUAAAUCAUCAUAAUAAUGAUGGAACAAAUAAGGAUAAAUUAUUAUAUAAUUUUGAUGAUAAAUUAAAUUCUGAGUUUAAUAAUUUAUCUUCAAAUACUAAUAAUUCUAAAUUAAUAACAUUUAAUAUUGAUUCAAAAACUGAACAAAUUAAAUUAACUUCAUCAUUUGAAAAUAUUUCUAUUGAUUCGUUAAUUUCAACUCUUGAAUCUCAAACUUCUACUGAUUUAAUUCAACCUCAAUUUAGUAUCUACAAUUAUUAUCAUAAUAAAUUUGCCUUUAUAUAUUCUUGUCCUUCUGGUUCAAAAGUUAAAGAUAGAAUGGUAUAUGCAUCAUCUAAAUUGGGUUUAAUUAAUUAUUUAAAUCAAAUAUUAUCUAAAGAUAAUUUAUCAAUUAAUAAAUCAUUAGAAGUAGGAGAUUUAAAAGAGUUGGAAUUGAGUGAAUUGGAAAUAGAAAGUGAAAUCUCAACUCCAAGUUCAAUAAAUUCAGGAUCAUCAAACUUUAGUAAUCCAAAUUCAAAUCGAUUAAAAUUUACAAAACCAAAGGGACCUCGUAGAAGAUGAUCAUUAUCUAAUUAUCUAUUUACUUCUAUGUAUAUGAAAAUGAAAAUGAAAAUAAAAAUAAAAAUAAAAAUAUUUUAC